CACAUCACAUUUAUAGCUAGCUCAAAUAAUUAACCAUCUUCUAAGAGAUCCAAGAGCCUAACCGCCUCUUUCCUUCGCUUUAUAUAUAAACCCCGCAGCCAUUCUAGCAAAAACACAUCCAAUUCUCUCAUUCUCUAUAAAUCAUUCCCUUUAUUUCUCUACUUGUUCUUGGAUUCUCUAAUAGGCUCUUGGAUUCUGAGUUUGAAUUUGUUUUGUUUUUGCCUCAUGGGUACCUCAAUGAGAUCAUGGAUGGCCGUUUUGAUCAUGGUUUGGCUUACUCUCGUUCAAGGAAUUUUUGUGGCUGUUGAUGCUACUUUUAACUACAAGGAUGCCCUUACUAAGUCUAUUAUUUUCCUAGAAGCACAAAGAUCAGGAAAACUUCCUCCAAACCACAGGCCACAAUGGAGAGGAGAUUCUGGCCUCGACGAUGGUAAACUUGCAAAUGUGGACCUUGUUGGGGGAUAUUAUGAUGCAGGAGACAAUGUGAAAUAUGGACUGCCAAUGGCUUUUACUGUUACCACUCUGGCUUGGGGUGCUCUCGCUUAUCACAAAGAGCUCCAUGCCACAGGCGAGCUGCCCCAUGUACGUUCUGCCAUUAAAUGGGGCACAGAUUAUUUUCUUAAAGCCAGUUCCAGGAAGAACCGUUUGUACGUGCAGGUGGGAGACCCAGUGCUGGAUCAUCAAUGUUGGGUUAGACCAGAAAAUAUGAGGACACCAAGAACUGUGUUGAGGAUUGAUGAGAAUAACCCGGGAACAGAGAUUGCAGCUGAAACUUCAGCUGCAAUGGCUGCUGCUUCCAUUGUUUUUCGACACACUAAUCGUACCUAUUCCCGUAGACUCCUCAACAAAGCCAAGUUGCUGUUUGAAUUUGCUAAAACACACAAGAAAACCUUUGAUGGAGAAUGCCCAUUUUAUUGCUCUUUCUCAGGCUACAAUGAUGAGCUGUUGUGGUCAGCAACAUGGUUGUACAAGGCCACCACUAAGCCUAUGUACUUAAAGUACAUCAAAGAAGAAGCCACUAGUGCUGCUGUGGCUGAGUUUAGCUGGGACCUUAAAUACGCUGGAGCCCAAGUCCUCCUCUCUAAGCUGUAUUUUGAGGGAGUGAAGGAUUUGGAAUCCUAUAAGAAAGACGCUGACAGUUUUAUAUGCUCAGUGCUGCCUGGUAGCCCCUUCCAUCAAGUAUAUAUCUCUCCUGGUGGUAUGAUUAACUUGAGAGAUGGGGCCAACACUCAAUAUGUUACCAGCACAGCUUUCUUGUUUAGCGUCUACAGUGAUAUCCUUGCCGAACACAAUCAAAAAGUACAGUGUGGAAACCAAGCAUUUGACUCUACCCGCGUCAUGGCAUUCGCCAAGCAACAGAUAGAUUACUUGCUAGGGAGCAACCCUGAAAAAAGAUCAUAUAUGGUAGGGUUUGGACACAAUCCACCAGUGCAAGCACACCAUAGAGGCGCUUCUGUUCCAGUGAUGUCUACUAAUACAAUAGUGAACUGUGGCACGAGCUUUGCUAACUGGUUCAACAAGGAUGCACCAAACCCUCAUGAACUAACUGGUGCCUUUGUGGGUGGACCUGACCGGUUCGACAACUUUGUUGAUAAGCGUUGGGAUUCAUCUAAAACCGAGCCUUGCACGUACGUUAACUCUAUUUCAGUUGGUGUUUUGGCAAAGCUUGCAACAGAUGGCCGUGUCUAGUAAUCAGUCACUAAUCCAUUCCAUUAUCUGUUGUUUAGUGAUUGAUCAUGAGCACUCAAAGUACGUGUGUGUGUGUGUGUGUGUGUCUAUAUAUAUAUAUAGUCCAAAGACUGAAUUUUGCAUGCCUCAACACUUCUUCUUUUUCCAUCAAUUCCAUUGACACCAGAGAAUAAUAUGAUAUGUAAUAUGAUUUUCAGUGGUGUUUAGUGUAGGGAAAUAAAGCUAGUGUAGUUUUGCCAGCAUUCUAUCUGGGUAUGUAUGUUUUUCCACACAAAGUGGAUUAAUUUGCAACUAUGAACAGAUACACUGGUUGCCCUAAUUGUGAACUAUAAUUGAAUCUUGGCUAUGAUCAUUUGCGAGGAUAUGGCACUUCAAUUUGUAUUUGUAGAA